AUGCGCGCGCCACCUCGAUAUAUAUCGAAAAUUUCGAUUAGAGUAUGUAUUGUUAAACCCAACCUUCAAUUGAAAAUUUAUGUUUGUCAACCAACACGUGGUCGACUGAGUUGUACUAGCUUUAUGAUGAAGUCUGAAACCAGUGAAAAAUUAACUGAAGAACAAGAAAAAGUUCUGUAUGUUCGCUUACCACAUACAAUAAAAAAUGUAGACCAAGUACAAGAGUUAUUUGUAGGUGACUUUAAAGUUAAGUUACCCAGAAAGUCAGGAAGGCAUUGUCAUGUCAUUUUUUCAAGUAUUGAGGAAAAAAUGACGAAUUUAAAAGCUAUUAAAGAUAAAUUAAUAAAUGGUAAACGAAUAGUCGCCUAUCCUCCAAAAGUGAAGUCUCCUAAAGACAUAAAAAUUAAACCGGAUAAAAAAGUUGUCAUUCCCAUACCCAAGAAACCUGCUAAAAAAUUAACAAGAAUUUUAUUCGUAUGUAAUAUCAACCCGGUAACAAAAUUACAUGAGGUUCAAAUAGCUUUCGAAGGAGUUAAGACAAUUACAUUUAUCAAAGGUCCAAUUAAAAAUACCAAACAAGCAAUUAUAAAAUUAGAAGACGCUAAAGUAGCUGCUGAGUACUUAACAAAAGAAAGACCGGCACCUAUUUUACAUGGUCAUAAAUUAGUGAUAAAAGCUGACACAAGAAAACAAAACAAAAAGAAAAAAUCUCCUGGCCUGAAAGUGUGGGACGGUGAAGUUGAUAUCACAGAUAAGGUAGCGUUCAAGGACACUAAAGUUAAAAACACCAAAAAAAGGAAUAAAAAUAAUAAAAAAGACACCGUGCCGGUGCUUUCUGUCACAAGUGAAGAAAUAGACGCAGAGUCUGGACUCAAGGUGUGGGAUGGUGAAGAGGAUAUCACUGAAGUAGUUGAAUUUCAAGAUGAAGUGCCUGUUAAAAAGACCCGUAAGAUUAAACAAUCUUAA